CGCGGCCCUUUGUCUGCGGACGGUGACGCGGGCGCCGGGCCGCGAGGCCGCGGGAAGAUGGAGGCCCCGCCGGACGGCGCCGCCGACCUCGUGCCGCUGGACCGCUACGACGCGGCGCGCGCCAAGAUCGCCGCCAACCUGCAGUGGCUCUGCGCCAAGGCCUACGGCCGAGAUAACAUCCCCGAGGACCUCAGGGACCCUUUCUACAUUGACCAGUAUGAGCAGGAGCACAUCAAACCCCCCGUCAUCAAGCUGCUCCUGUCCAGUGAGCUGUACUGUCGUGUCUGCAGCCUCAUCCUGAAAGGGGACCAGGUGGCCGCCUUACAAGGACACCAAUCUGUCAUUCAGGCCCUGUCUCGGAAAGGGAUCUACGUGAUGGAGAGCGAUGACACCCCCGUGACGGACUCCGACCUCAGCCAAGCACCCAUAAAGAUGAGUGCUCACAUGGCGAUGGUGGACGCCCUGAUGAUGGCUUACACCGUGGAGAUGAUCAGCAUCGAGAAGGUGGUGGCCAGUGUCAAGCGCUUCUCAACAUUCAGCGCCUCGAAGGAACUUCCAUACGACCUUGAGGAUGCCAUGGUGUUCUGGAUCAACAAGGUGAAUCUUAAAAUGAGAGAGAUAACAGAGAAAGAAGUUAAAUUAAAACAGCAGUUACUGGAAAGUCCAGCACAUCAAAAGUCUCCCUCCAAGUGGUACUGGAAAUUAGUGCCUGUCCGCUAUCGACGAGAGCACCUUUCCGCUAGGCAGUCACCCUACUUCCCGUUGCUGGAGGAUUUGAUGAGGGACGGCAGUGAUGGCGCUGCUCUCUUAGCUGUGAUUCACUAUUACUGCCCCGAGCAGAUGAAACUGGAUGACAUAUGCUUGAAGGAGGUGACGUCGAUGGCCGACAGUCUGUACAACAUCCGGCUCCUGAGAGAAUUCUCCAAUGAGUAUCUUAACAAAUGUUUUUAUCUCACCUUGGAAGACAUGCUGUAUGCUCCCUUAGUGUUGAAGCCAAAUGUUAUGGUUUUUAUUGCUGAGCUCUUCUGGUGGUUUGAGAACGUCAAACCAGACUUUGUCCAGCCCAGGGAUGUUCAGGAGCUGAAAGAUGCUAAAACAGUGUUACAUCAAAAAAGCAGCCGGCCUCCUGUACCUAUCUCCAAUGCGACCAAACGCAGCUUCCUAGGCAGCCCUGCUGCGGGGAGCCCAGCCGACCUGCAGCCCCCCGCGCAGCAGGCGGAAGGCUGUCACAGAUACUCCCUGCACCCGGAAGAGCCGGAGUACCUUGGGAAAGGCACUGCCGCUGCCUUCAGCCCACCCCACCCCUUGUUGCCGCUGAGACAGAGACAGCAAAAGACGGUGCAGGGUGAGGACACCCCUGAUCAGCGACAUCGCUCUAAUUCUCUAACCCGAGUCGAUGGUCAGCCUCGAGGUGCAGCAGUGGCGUGGCCAGAAAAAAAAAACAGGCCUGUGUCCCAGCCGACACCCUUUGCUCUCCAUCAUGCUGCGAGUUGCGAUGUGGAUCCUGGCUCUGGCGACAGCAUCAGCUUGGCCCGCUCCAUCAGCAAAGACAGUUUGGCAUCCAACAUAGUUAAUCUGACUCCACAGAACCAGCCGCACCCCACAGCCAUCAAGGCCAAUGGGAAGAGCCUCCUGAACAACGUCAAUAUUGAGGAUGAGGAGGAAGAACUUGUGGCCAUCAUUAGAACAGACGUGGCUCCCCACCGGGGUGACCUGGAGGUCCCCAGGACCUCACCUCGGGCCUCAGGCCUGACAUUGAGUGCCAGGUCUCCCCAGGGGCAGGCAGACCCCGGGGAGAGUAAGCCUGACAGUUUUUUCUUGGAGCCCUUGAUGCCCGCGGUGCUUAAGCCAGCAAAAGAGAAGCAGAUCAUCACCAAGGAGGAUGAACGUGGGGAAGGGAGACCAAGGAGCCUCACGUCCAGGAGGGCCAAUGAGAGCCACCAGCCUCUGGUACGAAAGAAAGCAACCAGCAGUCGUGACUUGAAUAGGACUUUUACCCCAAUCCCCUCUUCAGAAUUUCCCACAACCAGUGACCCUGCAGAGACAGGACCACAGUCAGCAGAAGCUGCAGGAGAAGCGCGUGGCGGGCCUCUGCCGAUGGGUGGGUUUGAUCUGCUACCUCAGGGACAGGCUGCUGACGGCUUCUUCCUGCACGUCAGCCGGGCCGAGGAAGACGCAGAGGGAAGGUUAUACAUCAGCUGUGCAAAAAGCCCUAGCUCUCACGAUUCAGAGCCGUGGGCUAUUCUGAGGCAGGACUCUGACUCUGACGUCGUAGAUAUAGAAGAAGCUGAGCACGAUUUUAUUGGCGAGGACCAUCCUGUGAUCAUCACCAAAUAUGUUGGUGAAGAAGAGUCGGCCAAGCUGCAGGAGGAUAUGAAGGUGAAAGAGCACGAAGACAAGGAUGAUGCCAGUGGCCGCUCGAGCCCGUGUCUGAGCACAACCUCUCAGAUGAGCAGCGUCUCCAUGGCGAGCGGAAGUGUGAAGAUGACCAGCUUCGCGGAGAGAAAGCUCCAGAGACUCAACAGCUGCGAGACCAAGUCCAGCACCAGCAGCUCCCAGAAGACCACGCCAGACGCAUCGGAAAGCUGCCCGGCCCCUCUGACGACGUGGAGACAGAAGAGGGAGCAGAGCCCUGGCAGGCACAGCAAAGACCCCGCCAGCCUCCUGGCGUCGGAGCUGGUGCAGCUCCACAUGCAGCUGGAGGAGAAGCGCAGGGCCAUUGAGGCCCAGAAGAAGAAGAUGGAGGCGCUGUCCGCGCGGCAGCGCCUAAAGCUGGGCAAGGCCGCGUUCUUGCACGUGGUGCGGAAGGGGAAGGCCGACGUCCUGUCCCAGCCACUUCAGCCGGAACACUUCACAAAAGAAUAUUCCCAGCACAACGGGGAGGACUUUGGCGAUGGUGUUUCUAAAACUGAAGAGUUUCUCAUGAAGGAGCAGAGAGAAGAUCUCCUCAGUGAGGCCCAAGAUGUGGACAGAGAAAGCCUGGCCUUCGCUCAGCAGCAUAAGCCGAAAGACCCUGCCAUGCUGCACGACAUCGAGAAAAACAAGGUCAUUUCUGCGGCUCUCCUGGAAGACAGCGCAGGUGAGGUUGUGGAUGUGAACGAGUGUGACCUGUCCAUUGAGAAACUGAACGAGACCAUCAGCACACUCCAGCAGGCUAUACUGAAGAUUUCCCAGCAGCAAGAGCAGCUUCUUAUGAAAUCUCCUACAAUACCAACUCCAGGUUCUAAAAAUAACUCACAGGACCAGAAAGCAAAGGCAUCGCUCCACUUUGUGGAGCCGCUCUCGCCGACUGCAGUGACAGGCCACCGCAAGCCCCCUCGUCUGGGUCAGGGUCGGAAUUCCCGCUCCGGAAGGCCGGCCGAGCUGAAGGUCCCGAAGGACAGGCAGCAGGGCUCCUCCCGGAGCAAGACCCCAACACCCAGCGUAGAGACGCUCCCACAUUUGAGACCCUUCCCCCCAAGUAACCGCCCUCGGACGCCCUCUGACCCCGGCUCGGAAGCUGCUGCAGAGCCUGGCGGUGAUGCGCAUGGGAAGUGUCUCUUUGACAGUUACAGGCUGCAUGAUGAAAGCAACCAGCGGACGCUGGUCCUGUCCCCUUGCAGAGACACAAACACCACGGCGGAGCAGACAGGCCUCAGAGAGGCUCUGGACGCCAGUGUGGAGGCAGGGCCAGACGCUGCGGGAGGAGAGAGCGUCCUCGUGGGGGAGCCCCUGCGCAGCAAGGCAAGCCUCAUCGAAGUCGACCUCUCGGGCCUGAAAGCCCCGGAUGAGGACGGGGAGGCCGUGAGUGUCGACGUCUCGGCAGACCUCGUCGGGGAAGGUGACCUGAAGCCAGGGGUUGGCUUCUUCUUCAAGGAUGAACAGAAAGCAGAAGAUGAACUCGCCAAGAAGCGGGCAGCCUUCCUCCUCAAACAGCAGCGCAAGGCCGAAGAGGCUCGUGUGCGGAAGCAGCAGCUGGAAGCGGAAGUUGAGCUCAAGCGAGAUGAGGCCCGGCGCAAAGCCGAGGAAGAUCGGAUACGGAAAGAGGAGGAGAAGGCGCGGCGAGAGCUCAUCAAACAGGAGUACUUGCGAAGGAAGCAGCAGCAGAUCUUAGAAGAACAGGGACUUGGCAAACCUAAAUCAAAGGCGAAAAAGCCACGGCCAAAGUCAGUCCAUCGGGAAGAGUCGUGUAGUGACUCGGGAACCAAGUGCUCCUCGACGCCUGAUAACCUGAGCCGGACUCAUUCUGGGUCCAGCCUGUCCUUGGCCUCCGCGGCGACGACGGAGCCGGAGAGCGUUCACUCAGGGGGCACACCUUCCCAGCGAGUUGAGUCGAUGGAGGCCUUGCCCAUACUGAGCCGCAACGCCAGCAGGAGCACGGACCGAGACUGGGAGACCGCCUCCGCAGCCUCCUCCCUGGCCUCGGUGGCAGAGUACACAGGUCCCAAGCUCUUUAAGGAACCCAGUAGCAAAUCAAACAAACCUAUCAUUCACAAUGCGAUAUCCCAUUGCUGUCUGGCUGGAAAAGUGAAUGAACCGCACAAGAAUUCAAUAUUAGAGGAGCUGGAGAAGUGUGACGCCAAUCACUACAUCAUACUGUUUCGCGACGCUGGCUGCCAGUUCAGGGCGCUUUACUGCUACUACCCUGACACUGAAGAAAUCUACAAACUCACUGGCACAGGGCCAAAGAACAUCACCAAGAAGAUGAUUGACAAGCUGUAUAAAUACAGCUCAGACCGAAAACAGUUUAACUUGAUCCCUGCCAAAACCAUGUCCGUCAGCGUGGACGCGCUCACGAUCCACAACCACUUGUGGCAGCCCAAGCGGCCCGCAGUGCCAAAGAAGACCCAGACUCGUAAAUGACACGGACACAGCCAGGCGUCUGAAGGGUGUGCCCACAGGAUUCUUAUUUAUUAUUUUCAUCCAUUUGGGUACGAAGUGUGCAGAGUCACAACAAACCUUUUGCAAAGAGGCUUCUAGACAACAAAGAAAACCGCUCUCCCAGCUCCCAGCUCACGCAGGGCUGCCAGGCGGCGUGAGAGUGGAGAAAUAAACGCCGUGUCCCUGUGGUUCCUGCUGCUGUGGUCGCUGCUCGCCACUGAGGCUCCUGAGGAGAGGCCCCCAUGGGCGAGACCCCUGGGCCGCCGGCCUCCCUUACUUGAAGUUCUCCGUCAGUACGAGUUGAACGCAAUCCACUUUGCUUUCCCGCCUCUCCCCUUGCCCCUUUGCACAUCGCCCGGCACCCUCGUGUCGGCCAGCUGCAGCCUCCUGCGGGCGCAGGACAGACUCGCUCUUGGGUCGGGUGUUUGAAUGUCUUUAGAGAAGGAAUUCAUAGUGGGAAAUCUUUUUCAUUUGAGAAGUUGUAUGAUAUUUAUUGAUUGUGUCUACUGCCAACAUUUAUAUCCAAGUCUAAGAUUUCUGAAAAAAUUCUUGUUCCCUGCUGCUCAGAAGGAGUUUACUGAAAAUACCAGUUCACUGAAAGCACUGAAGUCUGCAAAGUCUGUCUUCUGCUAGAAUAAUGCUUCCCAGUAUGGCGGUGAUUCUUUCUGACACUCGAUCAUGAGGACGGUGAAUGGUACUCUUAGUGGCGUUUGCCUCAUUUAAAGUGGCAGGCUGAGCCAACCACAGUCAUUGCUAAUUCCGUUUUGGAUAGUGCUCUAAUGAUUUGUUCACUUUAAUAAAGACAGAUUUUGGUAAAGUAGAAUAUUUUUCACUCUGAGCAUGUUUCUCCUGAAAGAUGAUGCACUUAACACUGACAGUUCUUUUAGUGGUUUUGUUACGUCACUACUCGUCAUGUCUUGACCCUUGCUUCUGGGAGAGCGGCGUGCUCUGAGAGGAGUGUGCAGCUCUCAGUUUAGAUUGACACUUUUGUUGCCUAUUUAAAAGCAAUUAAGUGGUUAUUUGCAGUUACUUCAGAACUCCAAGUAAGCGGAAUGGCUUCCGGUUCUUUCCAUGUUGGUCCCAACAGGGGUUGACACUUCUCCCGAGCAGACAUUCCCAGGGAGCGCGUGCGUGCUGGCCACAGCUGCUGAGACACCUCUGUGACUGACAGCUGCUGGAAGAUCCUGGAGCCACUUACCUUAGUUUUGCACAUACUCUCUUGGGAGUGUUACUUGAACCUAUCUUGAACUGCAGAAAAAUUAAAGAUCAAUGGAAAGAGAAGGUUAGAGACAAGUGUCCUGUUACCUAAUUUUAGAUGCACAAAAAAGGCGUGAAUUGUGUACAAAACACCACAUGGGACUGUAGGUCUCACUUCGUCCCCUCGGUCCCUGGAGAAAGGAUGCAGCCGUGCGAUCUUGUACAUACCGUGCUAGGCACAGCCGCCCCUCCUGUGAUAGGCUGGCGGCUGUCCGCUCCUCCAGUGCUGAGCGUUGAACAGUCCUGCGUGAGUUUUCUGUUACCAUGUUUCCACACGUGUGCUUUAUUUCUCAUGUAUGUUUGACAUGCUAUUACCAUAUUUAUUUUAAGGAAGCACUAAAAUGUAAUAAAGUAAUGUACUAAUUGCUUUA